AGGUGCCAGUGGACUUGACGAAAAUCCCCGAUGACCAUGAAUACCUUCGCCUUCAGCCGGAGGCGCGGCACUGGAACCUCAUUCCGCAGGCGUUGAAAUGCGAUUUCCUGGAGCCCUUCGUGCACGCCUUGGCUUGGGCAUCGGCCCGGCGCAUCGAGAGCGCGACCAGCAGCCAUUUGGUUUUGAUCCUCGACUCCAGUGGCUACAGCUGUCACCUCGGCGGCCACACGCUCUCCUUCCGGAUCUCAGUGCCCGAGUUCUGCGUCUCCAGACAAACGGCACUGAACGUGGCCAAGGACGCGGUGCAGUUCCUCCGACGGAGGCGACUGGCGUCCGAGCCCUGGGUGAACUUGGAGAACGUGGAGUCCAUCGUGCGUCAGGAGGCUUUUGGCGAGGACAUGUGGCACCCGCUGGUGUAUUGCUGCUGGUCGGGGCGUUACAUGCAAGAGGCGAGGCUCUUGGAGCCCUUCGCCUUGCUUCAUGUGGUGCUGGAUGGGGACCGCUUCGAAUACGAGCCCCUGGAAGAGCUCACCAGAAGCCUCAAGCGGGAGGAGUGGAUUCGCCUGGGCUCCACGUGGUCCGAGAGUCCGUACGUGCGCCCCGAACGGCAGCGCCUCUCCGAAGUCUGACGCGAAGAGUCGGUGGUGAACGAAGCAGGCCGCGGACUGUGCAGGCAAAGACCUCGGAGUGAAAUCUGUGUGCAGAGUCAGAGGAGUUUAAAACCACACACACCACUUAGAUUCUGGUUGAUGCUUUCAGAGAAAUCUUCGGAUCGGCACCUGCUUGCCGUUGCAGAAAAGAACCAGGCCAACCUCCUUUGGAGUCGCAAAGCGCGAUCUCAUGAGUGUGUCUCAUGGGUGAUAGCACACCCGGCCAACCGGCCGGGCCUCGGUCACCAGCGGUUCGCUCAAUUCCGAGCACCGACCGCUGCCGACCUGCUGUGGCACGAAAAACGCAGCUGCAGGGCGGGCGCCCGGGCCGGCGUUUCGACAUGGAAAAGGAAGAGGGGGGGAACCCCAUGGAUUCCGGAGACCGACCCGUUGCUUCGUAUGGCGACCCGUUUGGGCAACAAGUAGCCAGUGUAUGCCACUUUGUGCUCGCGUAAGAAGACCAGCUUUGCAUGCUUUUGUGAC